UUCUCUGAUGGGUCCGCAGCGUUUCAGAACUCGUCACUCUGUAUCUCCUGAGGGUCCCAGAGGAAAACGUGGGGUAAAAUAGUAUCAACGAGAACCUAGAGGCAGACGGGAGCUUCCGAGGAAAGACACUGAGGAAAAGGAUUUUCAUUCUUCGAACCCAUCUUUUUGAAAACAUUAGGCACUGUCCAGGUUACUAUGGAUACCAUGGUGAAGAAGACAUGAUCCCUGUCUUGGAGAAACCCACAUUCUUGUAGAGAGAGCAGAGAGCAGAGAAGUGAUAAGAAUACUGUAUGGUGGGUGCAGUAAUUAAGUGUCCUGGGUUUGCUGAGGAGCACAAUGGUAAGAGAACGGAGAACAACGUCACAGCCUCAAAGGCAGUUUCUUAUUCAUUGUGUUGUGAAACUGCCUCCUUUUCAAUAGCAUACAUCAUUUUAAUCCACAUUAUGGCUCCUGCAUUUUUCCAGAGAGGCUGAGAAAGUGAAAGACCCAUCCUUUCUAAUUAUACUUCAGAGAACCCUUUUGGUGCCAUUUAGUUGAGGAGAAGAAUCCUUUACUAUUCACAAGUAACAGUUCCUCUACUGGGAUGAAUUUGCUCACAUCCUCUUGGAGACCACCUCAACGCAUGGAUAGCCUUGAGUCAUGGGCCUACAGGAAGAUUUUAAAGCAUUUUUACCAAAAUCAGCCGGUGGUUUCCUUCUGUCCGGAAGUCUUCCUUAAAAGAGCUGUCCCCUGAGAUUAAGAGAUCCUCGAAGUAGGAGAGCUUUCAAAGACCAGGUCAGGAUCAGAUGCAUCGGUGUUUUAUCGUGGUGCCAGUCAACCCCAGGAUGGAGAUCUAUCUUCCUUUCACCAGAUACUAAAGCGUCCUCCAGAUAGAAGAAGGAAAUCAUGGCGUCAACUCCUUUUGGUUCCCCUGGAUGACCUGUUUCUUCAUUCUUCCCGAUCCCAGGCCACUUCUGAGCAGCUCUAUAUGUAUCCUACUGCCCUCAUGGAAAUAGCUCUGUCUCCUAGCAGGACCCCUUGCUUAUCUGCAUCUUAAGACCUAUCGAGACACAAAAAAAGAGGCGACCCCCGGACCAGCGCGAGGGACCCACCCGCACGAUGACCGAGACCACCAAGACCCACGUAAUCUUGCUUGCCUGCGGCAGCUUCAAUCCCAUCACCAAAGGGCACAUUCAGAUGUUCGAAAGAGCCAGGGAUUAUCUGCACAAAACUGGAAGGUUUAUUGUGAUUGGUGGGAUUGUCUCUCCUGUCCACGACUCCUACGGAAAACAGGGCCUUGUGUCCAGCCGGCACCGCCUCAUCAUGUGUCAGCUGGCGGUGCAGAAUUCCGACUGGAUCAGGGUGGACCCCUGGGAGUGCUAUCAGGACACCUGGCAGACCACGUGCAGCGUGCUGGAGCACCAUCGGGACCUCAUGAAGCGGGUGACUGGCUGUAUCCUCUCCAACGUCAACACACCUUCCAUGACGCCAGUGAUCGGACAGCCCCAAAAUGAGACCCCCCAGCCCAUUUACCAGAACAGCAACGUGUCCAGCAAACCCACUGCAGCCAAGAUCUUGGGGAAGGUGGGAGAAAGUCUAAGCCGGAUCUGCUGUGUCCGCCCACCAGUGGAGCGCUUCACCUUUGUGGAUGAGAACGCCAAUCUGGGCACGGUGAUGCGGUACGAAGAGAUCGAGCUGCGGAUCUUGCUGCUGUGUGGCAGUGACCUGCUGGAAUCCUUCUGCAUCCCCGGGCUCUGGAACGAGGCGGAUAUGGAGGUGAUCGUCGGGGACUUCGGGAUCGUGGUGGUGCCCCGGGACGCAGCGGACACAGACCGAAUCAUGAAUCACUCCUCAAUACUCCGCAAAUACAAAAACAACAUUAUGGUGGUGAAGGAUGACAUCAACCAUCCCAUGUCUGUUGUCAGCUCAACCAAGAGCAGGCUGGCCCUGCAGCACGGGGACGGCCACGUGGUGGACUACCUGUCCCAGCCGGUCAUCGACUACAUUCUCAAGAGCCAGCUGUACAUCAACACCUCGGGCUAGCAGCCCCCCCGGCGCCCCGCUCCGCUCUCCCCUCGUCCUCCGGCAACACACUGGCCCCUCCAGCCUCUGUCCGUCCCCCCGUUCUUCUCCUGCCUCUGUUGCUCCAUCUCCUCCUCUUGACUGUUCCCCCCACUUGCUGGCUCAACCCUGCCGAGUGUGGGGGACCUGCAGAGAACCACCGCACACCCUACUCAGCAGUCAUCUUUGGACAGACUGUCCUCUCGUCUCCGGGUUGGGGGUGGGUGAGGGAAGAGGGGUGGGAGCGGGGGGAAGUGCAGUCCCUGGGGACGUGCUGGCGUCUGUCUCCCAGCAUGCUCCCAGCGCGGCUCCGGUGCCCGUCCUCCCAGCAUGCUCUGGGGAGGCGGCUCUGGCUCUCGCCUUCCCAGCAUGCCCUUUACCACGAAGGGCUAUUUUGUUCUUUCCUUUCUUUCUUUUCCUUUCUUCUCUUGUUUUUUUUUGUUCUGUUUUGUUGUUCUUGUUGUUGUUCACUCCUCAUAGAAUUUGGAUGAAAUCCGUGUCCGUGGUUCUUUAUGUUUGUAGUCUUGAUGCCUUCCUGUGGUGGUAACUUCCCUUUGGGUGGGACACCAUGGCCAGCCUCAGCGUGAGAGCCGCACCCGGUAAAGAAGGCCAAGCCACCUGCACCUUCCCGACACCCCGCACUUGCCCACUCACGCCCCACACACCCCCCCCACACACAGCAGCUGCCGACUAGGCUCAGGACCGAGGCUUUCAGUUUCCAAAACCUGGGAGGCAGGUCUGGGAAUAGUAGGGUUUCUCAGAAGAAUUCGUGUCCAUUUCCUUAGUUUCAGAAGACCAUUGUCCCGAUGCUCUGCGCCUGUGAUCACACGGAGCCAGUCCGUCCCUAUAUCCAGGUGGCAUCUGUACGCUUCCUCCUUCGGGCUGUGACUGAUGGCAGAGUGGGUUCCCUGCCAGCCCAGCGUUCCCAAGAAUCCUUCAGGUCACCACUAAGCCCUUGGAGGUCCUACCUAGCCACGUUCCUGCCUCAGAGAAGAAUCACCUAUUCAAGGCCAAAUCCUACUAAUGCAGGCAUUUCAGAAAUAAAAUAUGCUAGGAAUUCACUCAACCCUAGAGAUCUUUGGUAAUUGGAAUUAUUUUUUGCCUGUUUGGCUGGGAACAUUUUCUGUCAUGAUGCAAGUCCAGGAUGACCAAGGAGAGAGAGGCCUGUUGCCCUGAAGGGAAUUGAUGGUUCUCACCUUCUCUUCCUGCAGGGACCCAGGCGGUGCCCAAGGUCAGUUUCUUCUUGAGACGCAGUACCUCGGCCUUGUUACUGGAGCUGGUCGUAUCUCCUGCAGAGCCCAGAACCACAGUCACUGCCUGAGGAAAUCUGUCUGACAGGGGAGUGGGUUCACAGAGCAGAGAUCAUGGCGGAGAGGGCAUUAAGAGCCACUAGAUGGUUUCAUCCUUUUUCUAAUUUCUUACCUUCCUCUGCUGCUCCUGCAAAACGUUCUGACAGACUGUUCUAGUUGUUCAGGUCUCGCUCAUGCCCCGUUUUGAGACCCAAAAGGAAAUUAUCGUCUUGUGCUCUCUCUCUUCUAGUCCCUGGCUCUUGGGCUUUUGGUUGUCUUCAUGGAAUGAAGCAACAGGAUGCUUUAAUCAAAAUCUAGUAGCAGUUACGGCCCCGGAGGGGUGAGCUGAGACCUGACAUCAGGGACACCAUUCUUCAGUGCCCAUUUCACGUCUGUGACAGUCUUCAUAGCCUCCAGGGAAAGGAACUGGAUGCAACAGAACGACAUGUUCAGGUAGCAUCCAGGAAGGUAUUAUUCCUUUUGGAUUUUGGAAAUAAUCUCUAGGGGAGGAAAUGAAGAACCUAUUCUUGGGUCUCAGUGUUUGCUUAAGGACCAUGGAAGCUAAAUGAAAAAAAAAAAAAAAAAAACCUUUCAGAGAUUAGUUGAUUCAAUAUUCUCCUUUAAAAGAUGAGGGAGCAGAGAUCUGCUGGAUUAAAUGGCUGGUCCAAGUUUAUACAGCAAGUGUAGAGCCUGGCAAAAGGAUUUUGUUUCCCUGACCCUUAGGACUUUGUACCACAUGAUCUCUAUCCCCCCAGUUCCCCUUGAUACUGACCAGGUAAUCAGUGGUUUCUACUCUUUUCAGCCUUUACCAGGCAUCUUUCUCUUAAAUCGUGUCUUACCCAGGUGCUCCUGUAUAUCGCAUAGUGUAUGCCAGUCUUGAGGGACGAGGGAUGUGAUGGGGAGGAAGGUUAUAGCUCAGAAAUCAAGAGAUCUCAGCAGUUUAGAGGAAAUCCCAAAAUAGUGACCCUCUGAAUCCAAGAAAGGAUGCUCUAUGGAAGCUAGGAAAGACCUCAAAUGCUCAAGAUGACACUGAAGAGAGAGAGAAAGAGACAGAAGAGUCUUUGGGCAAAACAGCCCUAAGCCAAGAAAAGAAAACAUUUUCAAGGAUGUGAAGUUUAUCUAUGGUUUAAUUUGUUAUGAGGAUCUACAUGAGCAGAACAGAGAAACCGAACAUCUUUUGUCUGUUUGAUGCACCCCAUUAUUCUUACGGGCUCUGUGGCCAGGCCCCCUUUAGUCCACAGCCCGUGAGAGGGAACCUGCGGGACCGGCUGUGCGUGGCUGGUGUGGGGUAGGAUGCUGCACAGGAAGGAAAAGAACAGGGGCAUUAGAAGAUGUCUGGAAUGAAAGGGGGCAGAUCUUAUCUUGGUGGAUCACAGGGAUUGUAUUAAAAUAGCUUUCCUUAAAGCCAAGAAAAAGUGAAUUUUCUUUUGGGUAGAAUUUUCCAUUCCCCAAACUGUGCCAUUCGUCAUUUGCUCGGGGGAGGUCAGAGGCCCCCUCAGUCCAGGGCAGGACACUGUGGCUGUGAUCCUGCAAAGGCUAGCACCAGAAAGAUUCAGAGUCUGAAGUAGGGCCCCAGGUGACAUGAGGAUGCCCUCUAGGCCCUGAUUUCCCCUUUGGGGUCCCCCUUCUUCCUCCAAAGGCCAACGCAAGGCUGGGUUGGCUCUGAGAAAGGCAUGGGCUGCAAUGAUCUUGUUAAGAGGGGUCAGGAGCCUCAUUUCCUGCCUACCAGUGAAAAACAUCUCUCCUGUUCUGCAGAAAGUGUCUGAUAUGGGUAAGAACAGGCAGGAGGGAAGCCCUUUGUGCCCGUGACUCUCCUCGAGGAGUGGCCCUCUGGGGAGCUCUGUGCUGCUACCUGGUACCUCAUUCGCCACCCCCUCCCCCAGGCCGUCUCUGGGUCCUUCUUGCUUUCAUUUUCCUUGAAUGUACAUAGGAACAGGGGAGGAAAGUCUCUUAUUGAAGUGCCUGAAACCCAGAGCUACAGCUUCUCGAGUUGCUCUUCUUCCCACGUCCGCGUGGAGGACCCUCCCCAGCAUUCUCUGGUCUCGUGCUUCACCUUCUCAGAAAGAAUAGAAGAACUCGCUGUUCUAAUUAAGUAGAAAGUGAGACUCAGUCAUCAAACUGCAGCAAAAGGCAGAGAAUUUUAGGAAGACAUGACUGUAUUUUAACAACCCAAUCUCCUCUCCCAAACGGACAUAAACACACUUUAGGAGACUAAGAGAGAGAAGCAUGUUAUUUUAUUCCAUUCAUCAAAAGAGUGACGCAAAACUAAAUCCAUAGACUAUGAAAAGCUCAGGAUCUCUCCCAAGGCUACCACAGGAAGGCCGACAGGUGAGAUGGGGGAGGAUAGAAACAGGGACUGAUUUUGUAGCUCCUGCCAUUAGGACACCCGAGGAAUAGCACUGUGGUAAAGGAGCACACGCUUUCGGUCGGAUUCAUCCAGUCUACACCUUCCUCGAGCUGCAGGGUGAAUGCAAUUCUUCAUGGCCUUACUUGGUUGUGUCAGUUUGGGGUGUCCUAUUCGCCUGUUCCAGGUAUUUAGGAAUGAGCUACUCUCUUUUUCUUCAAUCUAGCCCAGGUCCAAAACUCAGUUUGAUCCAAACGGUCUCAUGGAUUAGCAUGGGGAGGGGGAAGCUUUUUUUUUUUUUUUAAUCACUUUUGGUCACUGAACCUGCCAUUUUAAGAGUAAGAUUUGCUUUAUGAAAAUCACUCCAUUCAUAAAAACUACACUGAAGUUGCAACACCAUUUCAUAGUGAAAUAUUUUGAGUCAAAUUUUGUUGCUAGGAUAGUCAUGGACAAAAGUUUUAUCAGCAAAAUGUUUGAAUUACAUUAAUAAAUAAGACAAUGCUACUA